CCGAUGAGCUUCCGGAUGGCGUCGAGGUGCGCGGCGAGGCUUCCGCAGCCACCCUGCACGGCGCCGCAGUCCCGCUGGCAAAGCUCGCGGGUCUCGGUGCCCCCGGCGAGAUCCAGCGCGUCAAGAGGACGUACCGUCGUGUGCUCCGUUAGCUUCAGGCCAUGUAUCGACAUUCACAAGGGGAAAGUUAAACAGAUUGUUGGCUCCACUCUCCGGGAUGCAACGGACGAUGGCACGGCACUAGUGACCAACUUUGAGUCGGACAAGUCUGCAGCGGAAUUCGCGAAUGUUUAUAAAGAUGAUGGACUUGUUGGUGGGCAUGUCAUAAUGCUUGGCGGAGACGAUGCGAGCCGUUCUGCUGCCCUGGAAGCACUACAUGCAUAUCCUGGUGGUUUGCAAGUUGGAGGUGGAAUAAAUUUGGAGAAUGCAAUGUCUUACCUUAAUGAAGGGGCAAGUCACGUGAUUGUAACUUCUUAUGUAUUUAGUGAUGGAAAAAUGAACAUCGAAAGACUGACGCAACUUGUCGAGCUUGUUGGGAAGCAAAGGCUUGUUUUGGACCUUAGUUGUCGAAAAAAGGAUGGCAAAUAUGCCAUUGUGACUGACAGAUGGCAGAAGUUCAGUGAUGUCUAUGUGGAUGGGCCAACAUUAGAACGUCUUGCUGCCUAUGCAGAUGAGUUUUUGGUUCAUGGAGUUGAUGUGGAGGGCAAAAGGUUAGGAAUUGACGAGGAACUUGUGGCACUAUUGGGACUCCAUUCACCUAUCCCAACAACAUACGCCGGAGGUGUGUCGACAAUGGACGACUUGGAGAGGAUAAAGCAAGCAGGCAAAAGUCGGGUCGAUGUUACUGUCGGGAGUGCCCUAGACAUAUUCGGGGGAGAUUUGCCCUACAGUAAAGUUGUCCGUUGGCACUCGGAGCAAAGAAUGGUUAGCCAGCGGUGAAGAAGUGAGAUGUAUGUGUUUUUUUAUAGAGCAUGAUCAAAGUUCACCUCAUUUGGGAUCCCCACUUGACCAUUAACAUUCUGGUUAUAGGCCUUGUUUGCAAACAUUAUUGUGAACAGUUAAGUGGAUCUUUAUGUGCCAUGUUAAAGUUGAAGCAGAGAUGAAUUCAGUAUCAUAGAUGGAUUCGCAUGACCAGCUGAGUAAAGAUCAGUCUGUUCCAGUUUGUUGAUCA